UAUCGUUUUCAUUUUAUCAUUCCCAAAAAUCAUUAAAUUGUGUACAUAAUUGUAUAAUUUUCAUAUGAAUUUUACAAUAAAUGUGUUUUAAAAGUGUAAUAUUAAUAUAUUUGUGGUUACAAGUAUUUAGUUGCGGGAAAACUUCACGUUAGAAAGCAGAUCUAUUCUACAUGUCAAAUGCAUUCAAAUGAUAGUCAAGAGGCUCACUGAGUACACUUCUUGUUGCACAUCAAAUUAUUCCAAAACAUUGAGCCUUCCGAUGCGGUACACUCUUACAUAUAAUAAAAAAUCGAUACUAUGAUUGAAUGAUAACCUGCGAGUUUCUGUGAAACAUUCUAGUCUUAUUCUUCCAUACAUAAUUGACUGUUUAAAAUUAAUUUAAGGACUUGUGAUAAACUCAAUAAUAAUGUUUAGUGAAUCAUACGAAAGAAGGCUCCUGCAGCAAUGCAGUCCUGUGAGUCGAAAACAAUCUGUUUUGGUGCGCCCAGAGCCUAUGGACAGAUUUAUUCCUUGCAGACUAGAAAAAAAUUGGCAGACAAGUUUUCAAGCCAUACGACGCGGUACAGAGAACACACCCACAAAGAAAGCUCGCAGCGAUGGCGCUACAGACACCAACGCGGGCGGAAGGGAUCACCUGGCUUACAACUGCCUUCUCCGCAAUGAGCUGCUGGGUGCACAGAUCGAAGAGCUUCGGGGACCACCUACUCCUUGCUCUGAAGGGAACAGAGCCGCGCUGGGGGCAGUGCAGCUAGCAUCGGCCACCAGGGCUGCCCUGGCGUAUUCGCCGCCUGUUUUCCGGUUUAGAGCACCAGUGCAGAAUACUGAGGAAAACGUGGACCCAUCGCCGUACAGCCUGUCGCCAGUGUCAGCGAAAUCACAGAAGCUUUUGAGAUCGCCGCGCAAAGCUACCCGCAAGAUAUCCAGGAUACCAUUUAAGGUACUGGACGCUCCCGAUUUACAAGAUGACUUUUACCUGAAUCUCGUGGACUGGUCUGUGCAGAAUGUCCUCAGCGUUGGUCUGGGUAGCUGUGUCUACUUGUGGAGUGCGUGUACGAGUCAGGUGACUCGUCUGUGCGACCUCUCGUCCGAAGGCAACACGGUCACGUCGGUAGCGUGGAGCGAACGAGGCAACCUCGUUGCUGUCGGUACACAGAAGGGGCACAUCAGUGUGUGGGACGUCUCCGUCAACAAGGAGGUAUCAAAGCUGCCCGGCCACGUGGCUCGAGUGGGUGCUCUCGCGUGGAACGGCGACGUGCUCAGUUCUGGUUCGCGGGAUCGCCACAUACGUCAGCGAGAUAUCAGAUCACCGCCGGGUCAAGCAUCGCGAGUACUGCAGGGGCACCGACAAGAAGUGUGUGGCCUGAAGUGGUCACCUGACGGUCAGUCGCUGGCGUCCGGUGGUAAUGACAAUAAACUCUUUGUGUGGACUAUGCACUCGACGUCGCCGGUACAGACGUACUCGGCGCACGUGGCCGCCGUGAAGGCCAUCGCGUGGUCGCCGCACCAGCACGGCCUGCUGGCGUCGGGCGGCGGCACGGCCGACCGCUGCAUCCGCUUCUGGAACACGCUCACCUCGCAGGUCAUGCAGUGUGUGGACACGGGUUCUCAGGUGUGUAACCUGGCGUGGUCGAAACACUCCAGCGAGCUGGUGUCAACCCAUGGAUAUUCUCAGAACCAGAUUUUGGUGUGGAAGUACCCUUCUCUCACACAGGUUGCAAAGCUCACGGGUCAUUCAUACCGAGUCCUCUACCUUGCUCUAUCACCCGAUGGCGAGGCAAUAGUCACCGGGGCUGGUGAUGAGACUCUCAGGUUUUGGAAUGUCUUCUCCAAAACACCCUCGCACAAGGAGAACAAAAGCGUACUCAACCUGUACACAGCGCUGAGAUAAGUGCCCAUCGAACUGAUGAAUGUGAAUCAAGUGUAUGAUGAAAGUUAGUGAAAUAAAGUGAAGUGUGGUAAGUACCACAAUAUUUUUGUUUGGUAAAGACAUAUGGAAAUGAAUUCUACAAUGGAUUGUAGCUAAUAUAUUAUCUUAUGAAUUCUCUUGAUCCUUUUUUUUUGUUUAAAUACCAUUUUGUGUCCGGAGCUCAGUGACAAAUUAGGAUAUUGAAACUAAAAAAAUUGUGUGAGAAUUAAUAAAACAUGUGAAUUGUGGUGUGAAUAAAUAACUUUUCAAUAGAUUUACAGUCCAAUGAUCAAGUAAUACUGUGUCAUAAUAAAACUGGUAAUUGUUUUGACAUUGUACACUAUAUGAUACAUACAGUAACCAACUUCACAUUUCGUUAUUGCAAAUAAAUACUAUAAUGCAACUUUUUUUUUUUAUUUAUUGUUUUAGUGCACGUCAAUAAAUAAAAAUACUAAAACAAAUAACCAUUAACUCGCUCAUGUGAAGUACCUUGCUUCAUACACGGCUUAUGACAUAAUAAUUGUAAUUUUCCCAUCGAGAUAUUUGACUUUACCAAAACAAUUAGUAAUGUGAUUUCAUUUAGUAUGUAAUAUUAUGUGCUCGGCACAAUAGUUUACUUUUAUAAGUAUAUAUUUAUUUUGUAUUGUACAAGCAUACUAAAUUUAUAAUGCUUAAAUAAUAGUCAUUAAUAUUAAAAUUAUGUUAAAACAUGAAAAUUUUCUGUAUAUGUUUAAUAUUUGGUACCACUAUACUAAUGCAUAUAAUGGUAGAAAUCGUGGCGAUUUUUUUUUCUAAUUUAUAAUAGCUGUAAACGUCAACGUAAACAGCAUAGCUUUUUUUUAUGUAAAUGUUGAAUAAAAGUAGUAAAAUUUCGUUUUUGAUUUCAAUUUUACAAAAAUACCCGACAUGCGGCUUAUUUUUGAUGUGUAUACAUAAGUUUGUGUAUCUUCUAUAUAUACAUUCUGUAUAUAUUUUGUUUGUUGUUUAUAUUAUUAUGUAAUUGUUAAUUAACUUUAUUAUAAUAAAAAUGUAACUGCAAUGAAAAACUUAACCUGUUAACUUCUUUUUCUACCAGCCAUGUUGCUAUUGGUAGAAAAUGAUGUUUACAUGUUUUGUAGAAAAAUUGUAUCAUUUUCUACUGCAAUGUUUCAUUACAGUGUAUAUUUUUAUAUAGCUUAGUACUUAUGAUUUACACGAGUUUGACUAAUAAUAUCUAUUUUUUUAAUGUGAUGAUUUGUUUUGGAAUCUUUUGGAAGUUUUAAGUAUGUGUUUGGAGCACUUUAAAUCUUUCACAAGGUGUUGAUGUGAAAUUUUUCCUUCAUCAAAUCUAUGUUUAUCUCUUUCGCAUUCUAACACGAAAUAGUGAUUCAAAAUGUAACUUUAUAAUUUCUGUUCUCUGUCUUAUGUAACUUCUUUCCAUAUUCUUUUACCUAUUAUUCUUUUCUGUGCACCUAUAAUUAUAUCUAUAUACUUGAUUAAGUAUGCCCAUAUUUAAUAUAAUCUAUGUGUGGUAAUAUAGUUAAUUGAAACUAGGGUAGCAAUUUCAUUAAACAUUGCAAAUAUAUUCAACACUACUUGCUUUUACUAAUGGGAGGCUUCUUUGCACAGGAUGCCGGCUAGAUAUGCUAUGGGUACCACAACGGCGCCUUUUUUCUGCCGUAAAGCUACUGCUUUAUUAACAUUACUAUGUUUAAGCAUUAUUGUGUUUCGGUCUGAAGGGUGCUAGAGGUAGCUAGUGAAACUACUGGAAAAAUGAGACUUAACAUUCUCAUGUCUCAAGGUGACGAGCAUAAUUGUAGUGCCACUCAGAAUUUUUGAGGUUUUUCAAGUAUCCUGAGCGGCACUGCAUUGUAAUGGGCAGGGCGUAUCAAUUACCAUCAGCUGAACGACCUGCUCGUCUCGUCCCGUAUUGUCAUAAAAAAAACUAAACAGUACAAACUUUAGUAGUUUGUAGUAGUAAUGGAAGUUAAAUAAUCACCGAAGAGACUUUAAGGUAUUCUAUAUUGUCUAUAAAGUUAUCCUAGUAAUUAAUGUGAAUAUUGCCAUUACUCAAAAUAUGGUUCUACUUUACUUGUGUAUAAAACAGUACACCGAUUAGAUUGUAUUUCUAGUACGGAUAAUGAUGGCCAUUCUUUUGUACAUUGUGUCGGGUAUUUAUCUUAAUGUGCAUCAGAAUUGCUCCCAUUGUUUGAUAGAAUUAUUAAGUACCUGUAAAUAGAUUAACAUUUCCUUAUAAAUUUCUGUAGAUUUGUAAUCAGAUGUAAUAGUUUCAAUGCAAAAUCAAAUUUGUCGUUUGCUUGCUCUUAUAUUAAGGCUUAGUUUUAUUCGUAACAUCAUAAGUGUACCUCUUAUGAUCUCAUUAUUUUUCUAAAAGUGAAAAGCCUGGCCAAAUUGCAUUUAUGAUAAUAUAUGUUGUUGAUGUGAUUUUUCUUCGUAUCCCAAUAAUGUGUGUUUUUGGCACGGCUGGGCAGCAUUAUUUAUUAUAAAUGUUUGUUGGAAACAAAAUUGUUUAGUAUGUAAGAUCUGUUCAAUGUAGCAAUUUUUCUCUAUUGGUUUCUUAGUGCUAUCAAUUCUCGCUACAUUGAGCUGCAACAAGGUACCCAUGCAAUUUGCUAUAACGAUAUGUACAGGCUAGAUCAGGCAAAACUGUUAAGAAAUUUGUAAAGUUGUCAUUGAAAUUUAAAUUACGGUUGAAUGCCUUAAGUUCACCCAACAAUAGAAAAAGAAAUACAUAUUACAACUCAAAAUAGGGUAAAUUAUGCAUUUAAAUUUAAAUAUUAUUUAUAAUUAAGUUACCCUAUUAUUGUUUUUAAUAAUGCUACAAAAUAUAUUUGAAGUCUUUGUCUGAACGAAUUCGCCGUAAAAGUAUAAUAUAAUAUUCAACCUGACCUCUCUAAAUUUGUUGUGACUAUGACGUCACAGUACACAACAAAUUGAAGUGUCCGUGUCGGUUGGAUAUUUUUAACAAUUUUUAUAAAACUUGUCCUACUCUUGCCGGGUAUGCAGUAAUCUAAGCCAUUUAAUAAAAAUACAAGUAUGCAAACUCCGUAUUCUAUCAACAAACACUUUUGCUUGGUGUAGAAUGUCCAUGUCAAUCGUAACUAAAUUGUAAAUGUUGUGUAUAUGUUAUUAUAUUCUUUAAUUAUUCCUACUAGGUGUGUAAUUAUAUUGGAUUUGUGCAAUGUAGGUUGUAGCGAGCGAUCUCAUUCUCUGUUCCAAAUGUAGUCCCAAUAGUUGAACGGAGAUAGUCAUCGCUGUAGAGUUAGCAGUACAUUUCAUGCCAAAUAUUAAAAAAAAAUCUGUUUUGGUAUUCUUGCGUUGAGUGUUCAACACUUAUGUUUAUUUGCCUUGAAUUGAAUACAAUAAAAAUAACCUUUAUCUUUUUCGUAGUCUUUUACAAAUUAACCUAGCUUAAAUAAUUAAACAACUAAUGUAUUAAAAGAUGCAACUUUGGUAGCUAGAGGUUCCAUUUCAAAAUAAAACAUUUAUAUGAUGUCCCUGACUUCAAAGAAGAGUAUUUCUGUUCCAGAGCAACCCUGGUCCAAUAUGGACUUUAUGUCUGGUAUAUUUCUUGCUCCCAUCUUUUUGGAGGCCGUCCUCUGAGCAGUACUUUGCCUUCGCUUGGGUACCAGACAGUAACAUGCUUGGACCAUUUUUCCAGGUUGCAGCGCAGCAAAUGACUGUGUCUAUCUCCUUUUUUACUGAUCAGUGCAGAUUAGGAUGUCCUUGACUUUUGUUUUCUUUAUUUCUGUUCUUAGUUUUUAUUACCAUUAUACUCCUUUCCAUUGCCCCAACGGCAACACAUACUGCAAGUUUCUCUCUGUAUUGUUGGGUGAGAGCCCAGAUUUCUCAGCAAUAAGUUAUGCAUGGUAGGAUGCAUGUGUUGUAAGUUGUGAAGAAUGUGCAUAAAUAUAUUAGUUGAAAAAGUUUGGUUCAAGGCAUUUAAACUUAAUCAGGGUUUUGUUAUGAAAAUACAUUUAGUUUGUGUUGAAUAAAUUUCGGAAUUAUAUGUUUUACAUAUCAAAGUGGUAAAAGUUUAAAUUUAUGUUAGGACAUUGUAAAAAAAUCGCGGUAAAUAACAAAUUAAUUGAGCACGCUUUUGUAUUAAGUUGGUGAUGCGGUGAUUUGAUGAGUGAAAUAUAUAUAUAUAUAAAGAUUUAUUUAUACAUAGAGAUAUAAUAUAUUGAUGCACUAUGUAAAGAUAGACUGAUAUUAGAUUUAUUAACAUAUUGUAAGUGUUCAUAUGUAUGUUUAUUUUAGAAUAAAUAUUUGUGUGAUUUA